AUGGAAUCAGUAAAUUUUACCAGUUCAACUUCUGCCAACACGUUCGACGGCCAGCUGUUUUUCUAUUACACAAUGAGCAGCAUUGGCAUACUCGGCAAUGGAUUUGUUUGCUUUGUCAUGCUUCGCUACAGGAAAGUUUUCAACUCCACCACAAACAAACUAAUCAUCCACCAAUCCUGUCUAGAUCUCAUCGGGUCGUGUGUGUUCCUGGUGGAGAGAUUCGCCCACAUGGAUGCCGUGCCAGACAGUUUUCUCGGCCGGCUCUACUGCCGCGUCUGGUGGUCGGAAUGGCCUCAGUACGGCAUGUUUGUGGCCUCCACGUGGAACCUGGUCGCCAUAUCGAUAGAGCGUUACCUCGCAAUCUGCCGACCCGUUUGGUAUCGAAAUGUUUUCACUCCACGGAAGCUGAAACUCGUCUUGAUGACCACGUGGAUGAUGGGCUGGGUAGAAAAUGCCCAUCUCCUGAUAGUAUGUUUCUAUGACAGCGAGACUCUCGGCUGCAAUGUGUCCUGGUUCAGCUCAGAGAUCCAGGCCGUUGCGGGCGUCUUGGUGUUCCUGCACGAGCUUGUGGUUCCGAUGACGAUCAUGGUAUUUUGCUACUCUCUUAUUAUCUGGAAGCUCCGCCAGAGGGCAAAGGCUCACGGCAAAAACAACAACACCAGUGCUCAGGAGACGUUCUCUAGAGCCAAUCGUGACGUCACACAGACAGUAGUUUUGCUAACCAUAUUCUUCCUCAUUUGCUGGAGCCCGACUGAGACCAACUACCUGCUGUAUAACCUAGGUAUGUAUCAACCUGCUAACCUUUAUGAAGACAUCUUUUAUCGAGUUACGGGAGGUAUUGUUGUCAUUAACUUGUGCAUCAGUCCGUUCAUUUACUGCUUUAUGUACGAAAGGUUUCAGAAACAGUUGAAAGAGAUGGUCGGGCGCCGUACACGACGAGUUGACGACUCUUCAAUCUUGACCUGA